UGUGAUUACCGUUUUGUAUCCAAAGUUUUUGUUUCAGCUUUUGGAAGCUUUAAUUUGUGUAACAUCUCCUUGACAUGCUUGGUAUGUACUUGUUAGAAUAGUUUCUGUAACUGGAUAUUUAUUGUGGUAAGUUGAGAAUUGGUCUAACAGUAGUCACGGAUGCAGCCUUUGCGCUGCCUGUGACUGAGCUCAGUAUUUAUUUGACUCAGAGUUUAAAAGUAUGUGAAAAACUACUAAAAUUUCAACAAAUAAGAAGUCCAAAGUGUGCCUUUGUUGUUUAACAAUUAUUCUAGCUAACUUUGCUCUAACUUAGGUUCAUUGCCCAUGGGAUUAUUGUGGUAGACAUGAGUCAUAUGCAACAUGUUGAAGCAUGUUUAUAGUCUUAUAUUCUGACUUUUUUCUUUUUCUUUCCAAAUAAUCAGAACUCAGAAUUGCAAUGAUAGGUCGCUGCUGUAAGAGACUUAAAGUUGAAGGGGACAAAUUUGAUAGACUCACCGAUCUUCCUAUUGAUGUCCAACACCAGAUUCAGGAGUACUUGUCUAGGGAGGAAGCUGCAAGAAUGGGUGUUUUGUCUAGAGCGUGGAGACACGUUUUUGCUUCAAUCCCCAAGCUUGUAUUUUCUGCUCAGUUUUGCCAGAGAAAGCCAUCAGACACAUUAAUAGACAUCAUUAGAACAAUUCUGUUGCAGCAUGAUGGAACCAUUAAGACAUUCCUCCUGAAUAUGUCAUCAAUACCUUCUUCCCAGCACUCAAUUAUCGAUCAAUGGAUGCUUUUGUUGUCAAGAAAUGGUGUCAUGGAUCUCACCCUUCAGAAUCUACACAGUGCUCCUUAUAAAUUGCCUUCCUAUGUGUACGGUGUAGAACUACAAAGUUUGAGCCUGUCCAACUGCAUUUUCAGGGCGCCAUGCAGCUUUAGGGGUUUCCACAAGCUCAAAAAGCUUUCACUACAUAAAGUCGCCUUGGAAUUAGACAAUCCAACUUCUUUCUUGUGGAUGCCAAACCUUGUGGUUCUGCUGGUUAGGUUGUGUAGUGGUUUUCCUAACUUGAAAAUAUAUGCUCCAGAACUUUGUGGAAUAUGUUUCGUUACCUGGAGCACCGAAACCCUUGAGUUGGGUCAUUUCAUGGACUGUCGGAAGCUGAAAACAGUUAUACUUGGAACAUCAAGAAACAAUCAAAGAUAAAGUGAUAAACUUGACCUAUCUUCUCAACUGCUGGACUGAAGUUCAUCAUUUUUCUCUGGACAGUUACUACCUCAAGUCUUUUGCUACUGAAGCAGAGAGGCUCCCCACAUGCCUCAACAGCUUGACAUCUCUCUGUUUAUUGGAAUUCGAUUUUGAUGAUGAAGAUCAAAUAUUUUCUCUUCUAGGAAUGCUUAGAAGUGCUCCCAAUUUGGAGGACCUUCUACUUUUGUCGAGCUCGAAGAAGAAAGGUGGCAAGGAAAUCAGUGUAAAUCAUUUUGAACGACCAGCCUACAGGACACUAGUGCUCCACAAGCUUCAAAAAUUGAAAAUAAAUAAUUUCUAUGGUUCAAGAACCGAAAUGCUCUUUGUAAGGUUUACACUUGCCUCUGCCCCUUCACUCCUGAAGACCAGCCUUACAGAAGAUGCAGAAAGUGUUCAUGAAAGCCAAUCCUUGAAGAUCUCAAAGGAGUUGUUGCGGUUCCCUCGGGCAUCUCCUAAAUUGGAAAUAAUAUUUGAACCAUCAAAAAUAGUCAGGGAAGUGAUUAUUGAGAUGGCCGGACUCCUUUCUCAUCAUCUUGACUCCUGUCUGUACAAAUGACUAGUGUAGAAGACUUCCUUAAAAAUUGACUAGUAUAGAGGAUCCUGUAUUAUAUCAGAACAUAUCUUUUGACGUUGCCCAAAC